AUGCCUGCUCACUCGCGUCGUGCUCCAAAUGACUGCCCAUCAGGGUUUCAAUUUUAUAGAUGUUACAAUUUUAACGGAUGCUGCAAAUCCAAUCCGUGCAAGGGGCCUCCAAUAGCACAAUGUCCUGACGACGAGAGCCCAGGUGGGCAAAAUAAUGCAUCGUCAUCGUUAACUUCAACUUCACCAACUACUCGAUCUUCGUCUGCAUCUACGUCUAUUUUAGCCUCUUCCUAUAGAACAUCAACAACGUUCUCGUCCACUUUUGCAAACUCGCCUUCACCCACUCUUCCAUCUGGCGGUGUACCAACAGAUGCUGCAUCAGCAGCACCGAACGCCACAAUCAGCCCAGCAGCACCGACUCAGGAGUCCAAUGCAUCUAAAAAGCUAAAUAGUGGAUUGGUUGGAGGGGUGGUUGGGGGAAUUUUGGCGCUGGCUCUUAUUCUAGCAGUACUAAUUUUCCUUUGGAGAAAAAGUCGAAAAGCGCAGCAAAGCCAACACCAAAGUUCUCCACUCCCGCCCGACGACGACGGAAUGACGGGUAUGGGCUUUGCAGACUCCAAAGUAGAUCCACAGAAGAGUUUCAUUGAUACUCCGAAUCUAUUCAAUAAACCAUUGGACAAAAACAAAGUCUAUGGAAGCGGAACAUUGACCAACAGGGACGCGACAAGCCAAUUUACAAUGUCUCACCAGUCUGUUCCUUCGGACUCCUCCACUCUCAUGGGAUCACCUGAUUUUCGAGGCAGUUCGGUUUCGUCCUUUCACUCUCCCUCAUUGGGGACAUCUGACUUUGGUAGUUCAGAUCUCAAUCAGAAUCUCAGGUCUAGGGCUGCGAGCCCACUAGCAACACUCAACGAACAUCCCAACUCAAGUACUGAAAGCAGUCAUUUAAUACCACGUGCCGAAAUGCUCGCGACCGUUCCGUCCCGGGAGAGUGUUACAUCUGAGCUUGCUAAUACGGAAAACCGCUACCGUGCAGAGCUUCCAGGAGAACCAGAGAGACAAUUAAUAAAUAUACCAAGAGAAUUACGGGUCGGGAUAACAGCAAACACAGCUGAACAGGUUACCCCUCAAUUUUCAGUGACUACGCCUGAAGGAAUUGUGCUCGGGUCAAAUCUUAACCUCGAAAGAACAAGACCGGGAACACCAGAAAAUCAUGUGAUGAGUUUCAUGUCUUAUGGUGAAAAUAAUCAGGGCCGACAUGGCCCUGUAGCUGGAGUUUAG